CUCUAAAUACUAAGUACGCGCACAAAUAAUUUAAAUACAAAAAAAACAUCGAACCCCAUCGCUGCCUCCUCGUCAUCCUCCUCCUCCAUCCAGCCAUGAACCUCGUCCGCGACAUCGUCGAGCGCCCGUCCGGGGCUCCGGAUCAGAGUCUGCAGAAUAUAAUACCGCCCCGAACCGCUCCCGCCCCAAAGAAAUCUCUCUGGCGCACGCGGCAGCAGAAAUCCUCUUCCUCAUCCUCAUCCUCAUCAUCAUCAGCAACUCCAUCAGCAAACCCAGAUCUAUCAACUUCAUCUACACCAUACUCCCUCGCCCCCCGUUCCGGCGUGCACACCCCCCGCAGCAAUGUUCAUCUCGACCCGAACUCCGAGGCCGCGCGCAUCAGCGCCGAGAACGACGCGCGCAUCGCGUCGAUGAGCGCAGCUGAGAUCGAGCAGGAGAAAGCAGAGCUCGAGGCUUUGCUCCCGCCUGGGUUGCUGCAGCGCAUUCUCACGCGCGAUCCGACUGCUGCGGACGCGAUUUUGGGCGCGAGCAGUUUUGACGAGAAGAGCGGGAGUGGUAAAGAUGAGGAAGGGGGUCUGGAGGUGGUCGAGAAUAUUCCUUCUGCUUCACAGCAGCAGGAGCCUUCCUCACAGCAGCAGGAGCAGCACAAAUCGCGGCAACCGACACUAGAAGACGCCGACGACGAAGACAAUCAAGAACCACAACAGACCCAACCACCCACCCACACCAAACAGAAAAAAGUGACCUUCGACGACUCCGUCACAGUCUCUGCCCCCGCAGACAUCUCCCCCUCGCCAUGCACCCACUUCCCCACGCCACCCUCCACAGAACUCGACCCGACCGACCCCGACUUUCUCCAAAAGCUGCACGACAAAUACUUCCCCGACCUCCCGCAGGACCCGAACUCGCUCGCGUGGAUGCAGCCCGUGACCGAGGACGAAGACGAGUCAUCGCCGUACUUCCCCUCCCAGGAGUCCGUCUCGCCCGCCGACAUCCGCUUCGACUUCCGCGGCGACAUCAUCCCGCCGUCGCGCGCGCUCGCGCUGCCGACAACGCUGGGCCUGCACCACCACUCUGACUCGCCCGGAUACGCGGGCUACACGAUUCCCGAGCUCGCGCAUCUGUGCCGGAGCAGCGUGCCUGCGCAACGGGCGAUCGCCGUGCAGGUCGUCGGCCGGAUUCUCUACAAGCUAGGCGUGAACAACUACGGCGAGUACGUCGGCGACGCGCUCUGGGAUAUCGUGCAGCACACAAAAGUGAUUGAGUCGAUCGUCGAGGCCGCGGACGAGAAGAAGACGCGGCAUCUUGGAUUGCGGACGGUUGCUGUUGAGGCGCUGUGGCUUUGGAAGAAGGGCGGCGGACGGAUGCGCAAGACAGAUUAACGAAUAGUUUAAUUAUACUACAUAUG